AUGAUGAUUUCAGUUCUUGAUCAAAUAAAACAAUGGACUACGAUCGUAGGCGACUCUGGUGAUUUCAAAUCAAUUAUAAAAUUCAAUCCUCAAGACGCGACCACAAACCCGACUUUGAUUUUAGAAGCCACCAAAAAUUCUCGUUACGAUUAUUUAAUUAAUUCAACUGUUGAAUAUGUGAAGAGUCGAGUGUCGGUUGAAAUAGAUGCAAAACUUUCUUUUGACACUGAUGCAACAAUCAUCAAGGCCAGGCAUUUUAUUUCACUUUUCAAGGAAAUUGGUAUUGAUAAAUCACGAGUAAUGAUCAAGAUUGCAUCAACGUGGGAAGGAAUUCAAGCUGCUAAGAUACUUGAGAGGGAAGGAAUCCAAUGCAAUAUGACUCUAGUUUUUUCUUUUGUUCAGGCUGUUGCAUGUGCAGAAGCGGGUGUUACAAUAAUCUCCCCAUAUGCCGGUAGGAUUCUCGAUUGGUAUACGAAAAACACUCAUAAAACCUAUAAAUCUUUCGAAGAUCCUGGUGUUAUAUCUGUUACCAAAAUUUAUAACUAUUAUAAAAAAUAUGGUUAUAAAACUAGUAUUAUGGGUGCAAGCUUUCGUAAUACCGGAGAAAUUGAAGAAUUAGCCGGCUGUGAUUUCUUGACAAUCAGUCCUAAAUUAUUGAAUAGGCUGCAAAACUCUUAUAAAAAGAUUGAAAGAAAACUGAGUCCUGAUACUGCGCAUCGUUGUUCGAAAUCAAAAACUACUUAUGAUGAGAAAACUUUCAAAUGGAAUUUGAAUGAAGAUGCAAUGGCUACUGAAAAACUUUCUGAAGGUAUCAGGCUCUUUGCUAAGGAUGGUAGAACUUUGAUGCUAAUGUUAAAGCAACGUUUGAUUAAUGAAGUUGCAUUGGCUAAUGAAGGAAAUGAAUUGUUUGUUAGACCUUUUCAAGUUAAAGUGUCUAGCUAA